CUGUAGCCGCCGCGCCAGGCGGUCCCGCGUCCGCGUCAAACCGUCCUCUAGGAAAAUAGAAAAAUACAACUAGAUCGUGUAGCACUGAGCCAGCGAUGUGAGACGAACGCGUCAAAAUGGUCUCGUGGGUUGUGUCAGUGAUUGUUUUGUUUAUCAUGGGUGGUUAUGGCCAAGAGCACGGACCGGUCUUCCUCAUGGAGCCGCCUUCCCGCCUCGUGUUCUCCAACAGCUCUGGAGCCAGGGUCUCCUGCGCGGCGCACGGGUUCCCUUCGCCACAGAUCGCCUGGCAGCUGCCUGAUGGGACACAGCUGGAUGAUUCACCUGGACUCAGGCAAAUCCUCGACAACGGCACGCUAGUAUUCCUGCCCUUUAGCGCACUCCAGUACCGGCAGGACGUCCACGGCUCGGUGUACCGCUGCCGCGCCCACAACGCGCACGGUGCCAUCGUGUCCAGGGAAAUGAGGGCACAGGCAGUGGUUUGGCAAGACUGGCAGGUGCACGCAACGUCCACGCCAGCGGAGGUGGGAGGGCCGGCGGUGUUGACGUGCGCCGCGCCCUCCGCGGUGCGGGAGCACGCCACCGUCGCCGCGUGGUACAGGGAUGACAGCGUGGUGUCUGCGGGGGACCAGCUGUCUGGCCCAGCACUGGUGGUGGAUGACGGCUGGAAGCUGAUCAUCCGUUCAGUGAGAGCGGACGACUCAAGGGCGCAGUACUCCUGCUCCGUGCUCGACUCCCUCACGGGGGAACGGCGGAGGAGCACUCCCGUCAAUAUAGACGUGUCUCCAAUGAGCAUACCGUCCGCGCCGCGCGCGCUGCUGCACGGCGCGUGGGAGGCGAGCGUGCGGCGCGGGGCAGAUGUGUGGCUGCCCUGCCUCGUGCACGCCAACCCGCCAGCUACUAUCACUUGGUACCGCGAGACAGCUGGUGGCGUGCUCCGCGAAGUGCGCGAGGGCGAGGGAGCUGGCAGGUACAGCAUGACAGCUGAUGCCAUCAACAUUCGGCGGGCUGACCUCAACGAUGAUGGGCGGUGGGCCUGCCGUGCAGCUAACACCCACGGACACAUCACGCUACGUCUCCAUCUGGCUUUACGUGCGCACCUGACAGUCCAUGUACAGCCACAUACUCAGGUGGUUAAUAGUGGCGGAACCGCUAUAAUCAAUUGCACUUGGGGCGGAUGGCCAGCACCGCGACUGGAGUGGCUCCACAAUGGUAUACCCAUCAGCACAGGCAUCGCUGGCGGCCGGGUGCGCGUGCAGAACAGUGGUGAACAGCUUGUCAUCACGUCCGUACAUAGAUCUGAUAAAGGCGUGUACCAGUGCAUGGCGCGAAACGAAAGAGAUUCUGCUCAAGCUAGCGCUGAAGUUAGGUUGGGAGAUACCGCCCCAGAGUUGCAGUACACUUUCAUUGAGCAGGUCCUACGGCCAGGUCAAGUGGUGACCCUCAAAUGUUCAGCGGCGGGCUCCCCUCCACCCCACUUCACUUGGAUGCUGGACGGACAACCUUUGAAUACGAUGGCUCGAGGACACCGAUACAGUGUAGAACAAUUUGCAACUAAAAGUAAUGAUGUAGUGAGCUACCUCAAUAUCUCAGCGGUAAGGUCCGAGGAUGGCGGCUUGUACACCUGCAGAGCGGCCAACUCGCUCGGAGAAGUUUCGCACACCUCUCGCCUUAAUAUUUACGGGCCGCCGUACGUGAGGUCUAUAGGACCAAUCAGAGCAGUUGCUGGCCGAGAGCUGAUUUUAUACUGUCCUUACUCUGGCUAUCCUAUUAGUUCGGUGAAGUGGGAGCGGGAGGGCAAGCAGGUGGAGUGGGACGGCGGAGGCGGAGCGGGGGGCGCGCUGCGCGUGGCGCGCGUGGAGGCGGCGCACGCCGGCGCAUACACGUGCACGGCGGCCGGCCCGCACGGCGAGAUCGCGCGCCGCGAGCUGCAGCUCGUUGUUAGCAAUCCACCAGAAAUAGAGCCGUUCUCGUUCUCAGCAAACCUUCAGGAAGGGAAGCGCGCUCAAGUGAGCUGCAGCGUCAUCUCGGGGGACAUGCCCGUGCACUUCAUGUGGCUCAAGGACAACGGACCCAUUCCAUCGUCAUUGCAGGUGGAAGAGCGAGGAGCGGAUUUUUUCAGCAAUCUUGUAUUCAAAGAAGUGUCCGCUCGGCACAGCGGCGCGUACACUUGUGUCGCGUCCAACAACGCGGCCAAAGUUAACUAUACCGCUGAGCUGGUCGUCAAAGUAUCCCCAAAAUGGGUGACGGAACCAAAAGAUGAGGCAGUGUUAGCCGGCGAGCCCGUGGCCAUGCACUGUGAGACCACCGGCUCGCCUAACCCUCAGGUUACUUGGUUGAAGCAGAGAGCUGGAUCAUCGUCCGACUAUGUUCCUUUAGUGAACCUGGGAGGUCGCUUUCAAUUCCUCACGAACGGCACUCUGUGGAUCGAGUCAGCUCUGCCAUACGAUGAGGGCUACUACAUGUGCAGGGCUGAAAAUGGUGUUGGAACCCCGUUGUCUAAGAAUAUAUUCCUCUCUGUUAAUGAGCCGGCUCGCUUCGAGGUGACGUCACAUAACGUGUCGGCGCGGCGCGACGCGGCCGCCACGCUCGCGUGCGAGGCGCGCGGGGACGCGCCGCUGCGCCUCGCCUGGUCCAGGGCGGUGCGACCGCUCGAUCUCUCCACUUACAGAAUUAGUAUAUCAGAAGCGAAGACGGACAGUGGCCUGCGCUCGCAGCUGUACAUCAGUCGCACGGAGCGAAGUGACUCGGGCGUGUACAAGUGUCAGGCCGUCAACGCGUACGGUCACAGUGACCAUUAUAUAUAUUUAUCCGUCCAAGAGAAGCCGGAGCGGCCGCAGUCGCUGUCGGUGACGGAGAUCCAGUCGCGCGCGGUGCGGCUCGCGUGGAGCCAGGGCUUCGACGGCAACUCGCCGCUGGCCGCGUUCGGCGUGCAGCGCGCCGCGCUCUCCGCCGCCGGCGCGCCGCGCGCCGACCACUGGGACGCGGCCGACACGCUCAACGUAUCCGUGCAUGGCCCCGCUCACCCGCACCUCGUGCUCACGAAAAAGGGAGACAUACACUACGAAGCUCUACUCAGCGGUCUGAAGCCGCACACGGCUUACAUGAUCAGGAUCGCCGCUAUUAACCAGAUCGACCGAAGCGCUUACACCGAGCCCGUUGUGGUAAAAACGCAAGAAGAAGCGCCGUCGGAGGCGCCGGGCGCGGUGCAGGUGAGCGCGGCGGGGCCGGGCGAGCUGCACGUGGCGUGGCGCGCGCCGCCGCGCGACGCGUGGCACGGCGACCUGCUCGGCUACUCCGUCGCGUGCACCGAGCUCGCGGCGGACGGCAUGCAUGCUAAUGCCACCAGGACCCUAACGGUAAACGGGUGGUCCGCGACGGAGCUGAGCCUGUCAUCGCUGAAAAAGUUUACGCGCUACGAGGUGCGCGUGCGCGCCUUCAACGGCGUCGCCGCCGGGCCCGCCUCCGCGCCCGUCACCGCUACCACGCUUGAAGGAGUGCCCGAGGCGGCGCCGACGCGCGUGGCGUGCGCGGCGCUGUCGUCGUCGAGCGCCAAGGUGUCGUGGGGCGCGCCGCCGCCCGCGCUGCGCGCCGGCCUCGUGCAGGGCUACAAGGUCAUCUACGCGCCGCUCACCGCCAACCACGCGGACGUGGCGGAGAUCAAGCGCGUGACGACGACCGACACGUAUCUGCACGCACUGCACAAGUACACCAACUACUCGGUGCAGGUGCUCGCCUUCACCAGCGCGGGCGACGGCAAGCGGAGCGCGCCCGUCUACUGCAUGACCGAGGAAGAUAUUCCAUCGGCACCAGAGAAAAUAAAAGCUCUCGCGUACUCGAGUGACUCGGUUCUGGUGAGCUGGCUGCCUCCUCUCCAUCCAAACGGCAUCAUCUCGCACUACACCGUCUACUAUCGAGAAGCUGGCAGGCUGGGAAAGCACUCGAGUUUCACAGUGGCAGCAGAGAAGAACCCUGAGCUAGAGCUGCUGUUCCAGGUGCGCAACCUGAUGGAGAACCAGCUGUACGAGUUCUGGGUGUCCGCUACCACCGGCUCGGGCGAGGGCGAGUCCACACUCGUCGUGGGACAGGGUCCCAGUGCUAGAAUACCGGCGCGCAUCGCGUCGUUCGGCGGCGUGCGCACCGUGCGCGCGGGCGAGGGCGCGCUGCUGGCGUGCUCGUGCGUGGGCGCGCCCGCGCCGCGCUCGCGCUGGGCGCACCGCCUCGACCCCGUCACGCACCACCACUUCUACCAGGUCACGCGCAAGGGCCACCUGCACAUACGCGAGGUGAACGAGCAAUCGUCGGGCAACUUCACGUGCACGGCGCACAACAGCAUCGGCGAGGACUCGAUAGUGUACGUGGUGUGGGCGCUGGGCCCGCCCGGCGCGCCCGCGCUGUCGCUGCAGUACACCACCGCGAGCAGCGCGCGCCUGCUGUGGCGCCUGCCGCCCGCCGACUCGCCCGUGCUCGGUUACGUCCUUCAUUACAAACAAGCUUCGGAGCAGGAAUGGCACAGCGUGGAGCUGUCUCCGGAGUUGACCUCGUACACGAUGGACAUGUUGAAAUGCGGCACCACGUACAACGCAAAGAUUCAAGCGCAAAACAAAAUCUCUUUGGGUCCUCCGAGUGAGAUUCUCACUGCUACAACUAGAGGAGGACGCCCGAAGCCGCCGAAGCCGGAGGAGCACGUGCACAUGAACGCGACGGCGAUCAAGGUGAACCUGUACGCGUGGCGCGACGCCGGCUGCCCCAUCCUCGGCUUCCGCCUCGCCUACCGCCGCGCGGGCGACGAGCACUGGAUCAAGGUGGACGAGACGCUGACAGGCGCGAACUACGUGGUGGGCGAGCUGGCGCCGGCCACGUGGUACGAGCUCAUGGUGGAGGCGUGGAGCGACGCCGGCGCCGAGCGCGUCACGCUGCUCGCCGACACGCACACGCUCGCCGGCGGGCGCAUCCCGUCGCUGCGGCGCGCGGAGCCGGGCAGCGCGGCGGGCGGCGGGCGCGCGGGCGCGGGCGGGGCGCGCGCCGUGCUCGUCUCGUGCGCCGCCGCCGCCGCGCUACUCGCCGCCGCGCUCGCCGCGCUACUCUGCCUGCUGCACGCCAAACGCAAAUUUUUCUGUUUCUCAAAUGACCAUUACCUAAGGGAUAACAGGAAACUAAGCGAGAGCAACGAGGCUGAAAGGGAGAAGCUCAGAGAGGGACAGAAGUUAUAUUCAUCAUCUUCCAUCAACGGCAAUGAGAAGUCUAAUGAUGACUCAUCAGCGGAGCUGUACGAGAUCAGCCCGUACGCGACGUUCGGCGGCGCGGCGGCGCACUCGCUGCAGUUCCGCACGCUCGCGCGCCGCGACGACGACGCGCCCGCGCCGCACCGCCGCCGCCGCGCCUGUGACCACUACCGAUACGACGAGUCUAGCCUGUCGAAGUGCUCGACAGUGGAGGCGCGGCACAGGCUGCGCGCGCCGGCCGCGCCCGCGCCCCUCGCCCCUGCGCCGCCCGCGCCCGCGCCCCCCGCGCCCGCCGCGCCGCACGCCUGGCGCGAGCGCUCCGACUCGGACGACUACAGCGACAGCGCCGCCAACACCACCACUAAGGGUGAGNNNGGGUCAGGCGGCGGCAGCGCGUACGGCAGCGGGCGGCGCACCGCCAGCAGCGGAGGCCCGGCUGGGAGCGAGCUCUCGGGGUGCUUCGCCCCAAUACCCCCUGAUAUAUCUUCAUUGAUAGAUAAAUACCAACAGCGAAAGGAACAAGAAAGGCGGGAAUGUACGAUACACGUGUAACAUUCCACUGUCCAAUAAAUAGAUUUUAUACAUGUUUAAGGAGCUCGUCAAUCUUAGUUCUUAUGUAUAGCAUAAAGAUAUUAACAUGGCAUGUUAUUGCGAUACAUCUUCCAUAUGGGUGGUAUAUGUAAAAAAUAGACCUGAUCUCUACGAAACCCUAAAAAUGUUAUGAAAUAUCGAAUAUCAAUAACGUGUCAUGGUCUGAAACUCUCGAUAACUGAGCCAAUCUAAAGUUAUUUCCGUCUGCGCUUGCUUGCCAAUUUGGUGAUUUUUUUUAUAAGCAUCUACAAUUAUUAAGCCUACACGUAUACAGCAUUGGACACUGUUUGCUUUCUGGACACUUGAAACUCUAUGGAAAGUAAUGGGAACAAGGAUUGUAAGAAGAGAAGGAACUGUUAAUAUUAUAUUUGUAGUACAAUCUCAAUUUUAUAACUUUGUCGUAUAUAUAUUAUCCGAGAGAUGGUUUAUUCUCAUCCACGCUGCAUGCAUAAAAAUUAAGAACAGAACAGACAGUGCAAUGGCUCUUACUGAUCGCGUACAGUUUAUUUUGUAUAUUUUAAACUGUCAAAAUCACAGUUCACACAUAAUUAUCACAAUAUAUUUUGUGUCUUAGUUUUGUUAGUUAUGUUGUACCAACUCCCAUCUCACUUCCUGAACGCCUUACUUAUUAGUUUUUUUGACAUUUUAAAUCCAAGUUCACGCUACGAUAGAUACAUUUUAAAUAUUCAUUUAACAAACCAUUACCCUUAUGAAAUAUAUUUCAGUUUUGUAUGACGCGACUGAUUUUAGUACCGUUAAUUACGUACUAUAAAUAAAAGAAAAAUUGUGUUCAAUUUUACUAAGAACUUUUGUAGGUACUACCUUCCUGUAACGUACUUUACUCCUCAACUUCUAUAGAGUGUAUUUACUUCUAAGAAAUUAAAUGCAAACAGUUGGAUAAAAUUAAUUACUUUAAAGUAAAACGUUUAAAUGUAAUGAUUUAUAUACUUAAAAAAAACCUAAAUAGUAUAACUGGAAUACUAUAUUUUGCUGAUUAUAUUAAUACUCAAAAAUGUUAAAUCCUUUAAGGUGCA